AUGAAUGGUAUUAUGACAACUCCAAGUCACCCUAACUUUUACACUCAAGAGUUAGUUAACACAGCUUCUACGGGAGUCGAUCAAAUGGUCGGUGCUCAAGCAUCACCUCAACAAAAUCAACAAUUACAGCCACCGAAUGGAAGCUCUACAACCAGUGGCAAUCCCGAGGUGGCACCCACAUAUCAACAAUACGCAGGAAACAUGCAACAUUUAAGACCAAAACAUUACUUAGUUGGUGAGUCAACAUAUUAUGCAUUUCAACCAACAUAUACUCUAUCUCAGAAUGGUGGUGAGUAUUACUCCAAUGUUGACCAUCAAAACCAAUCAAUUAGUCCUUCAUUCCAAAUGAAUACAAUGGCACUUUCGGAGAAUCCGAAUGCUGGUGCCAAUCCUGCGCUUGCGCCUCAACAACAACAACAACAGCAAGCUCAACAAGCGCAAAGAAUGUACCAAUAUCAACAAAUGCAACAACAACAGCAGCAACAACAACAACAGCACCUUGACCCAUACAAUACAUCAAAGGGUAUCUAUGCCCAAACAAACACUACCAAACAACCACCACUAGGUACAACAGGAAAAAGAAAAUUCAAGUCCUCUUCAGCACAAGGUGGUCAUCUGUCAGAAAAUCAAUCCCCCAUACAGCAACAACAACCACAACCACCACAGCCACCUCAACCUCUUACGAACGGUGUAUCUACAUUGCUGGCCAAUGGAGCAGCCGCUACCUACAACACAGCGCAAACUAUGAUGUAUCCUCAACAAUCACUGGUUCAGAUGUCGUAUUCACCAAUUGCCCCUACCAAUGGAGCACAAAUGUACAAUAUGCAAGGAGCCACUCAUACACAAAUGUUGAAUUUACCAGUAAGAACCGGUGGUGGUUUAGGAUCAACAGGUGCAACUAAUUCUCCUACGAUUUCCAGUAGUAAUCGCUUAUCGCCCCAUAAUUCACAACAUUCAAGGACUUCUUCCAGUGGGACCAAUCAAUCUGAGUUUCCAGAUGUGGUGAGACCAAAAGUUGCCACUACGUAUUGGGAAGAUGAAGGAACUAUGUGUUAUCAAGUUCGGGCUAAAAGAAUUUUGGUUUCAAGAAGGGAGGAUACGAAUUAUAUAAAUGGAACCAAGUUGUUGAAUGUGAUUGGUAUGACUCGUGGAAAACGUGAUGGAAUACUUAAGACUGAAAAGACUAAGGUUGUGGUUAAAGUUGGUUCUAUGAAUUUAAAGGGUGUUUGGAUUCCAUUUGAAAGAGCUUAUGAAUUUGCCAGAAAUGAAGGUGUUGAUGAAUUAUUAUAUCCUUUAUUUGUUAAAGAUAUUAAGACAUACUUCAGAGAAAAGGGACAUAAGUUGAAGAGUGAGAAUGAAGAUGAAGAACUUCUUCCACCUGGUACUAAAUUUCAAAAUGGUGAAGAUGUAAUGAGCGAUAUGGACAAUCCUUCUCAAACUACUCCUUCAAAGAAUGUAUUUCGUCAAGAGUAUUUUGAUCGUUCACCUAAUGUAUAA